ACAUUUAUAAUUUUGUAGUUGCGCGGCGAAUACGCGUCAAAAUCGAUCGACACGCAACGCAAGACUCACUCUGUCAUUUCUGUCACAGUUCUCAUCGAAGCAAACCAUGCUAGCAAAUGUGUAUCGGGAGUACAAGAUUAAUAUAAUACUUUUAUCGAAUUUAGGUCUGUGGCCCUACCAAUCUAAAUUUGUAAGAGAUCUUUUAGUGGUAUUUUGGUUGUUGAUUCACCUUAGUUAUGUUUCAUUUGAGAUUAGAACACUUAUAUACGAGUCAGACAACGAUCAAAUACUGUUCGAAUGCUUGUACGAAUUCAUCAUAUCGAUGGCUUUUCUUACGAAGUUGUUAAAUCAGGUUGUGUUUCGCAACAAGUUUCAACAUUUAUAUAAAACUAUAGAAAAUCACUGGAAUGUAUUUUCGAGUGACACGGAAGUUCGAGUUUUAAAACAUUAUUCUGCUUUAGGGAAACAAUUUACAAUUUAUUACACAAUAGUGGUAUAUAGCAUGAUGACACUGUUUGUAACAAUCCCAUCGUUAGGGCCAAUACUUUUUGACGUUAUAAUGCCACUUAAUGAAUCGCGCAAGCGGAACAUCGCAGUGUAUGUUUAUUACGGAAAAAAUCAAUAUAAAUAUUUUUGGCCGAUUUUUUUUUAUUCCUCUUUCAUGGUCGUAGUAGGUGUGUCCAUCAUGAUAGCUGUCGACACUUUGCACAUAAUGUGCUACUUCGCGUGUAAAAUAUCACAAAAAUCGUAUUACAGUAAGCAAGUCGAAAACAUAGUAUCUAUUGUGCGCGCCAACAAAACCAGUAAGAACAGAGAUUAUAAACUAUACGGGGAAGGAAUAAUAUAUCAAAAGUAUAUUCAAUGUUUGAAGAAACAUCAACUCGCUGUGGAAUUUGUCAACAUGUUAGACGACGCGCACAAGGUUGUCGGAUUUAGUUUCACUAUAAUUAUUGGCGGAUGUUUUAGUAUACUUGGAAUUCGUAUCGUCUAUGUGUUAGAUCAAGUGCAGGAACUGAUUAGAUAUCUGUUUAUAAUUGUGGGAGCGAUGCUACAAUUACUGAUACUGUGUUACUCCGGUCAGAAAUUAAUGGACGAAAGUCAGAAUAUAUUCCACCGAGCAUACGCGGCGGAAUGGUACAAGUUCUCACCCAGACUAAAAUCAUUGUUAAUUAUAACUCUUUACAGAAGUAUUAUACCGUGUCGAUUGACUGCAGGUAAUAUAUUUCCAUUGUCAAUGACUGUUUUUGCCGCGGUGGUGCGAGGCGGAAUGUCUUACUUUAUGGCGUUUUCAUCGAUGCAAGAAUAAGUAUCGAGAUAUAAAAAUACUUGUGUAAGUAAGAUUCUUCACCGCGUCUUUGAUUUAA